AUGAUAGAUCUCAGCUCAGUUGAUUCCAAGCCAGUCGAUGAUCUGUUUGCAAUCUUUGACGAGAUCAAUCGAAAGCUUAACAUACAAUGCGAUCAUCUGCUGAUCUUGGAAAAAAAACUAUCUCAGCCAAUCAACUUUUUGACGCCGUUCAGCGCUCUUCAAAAGGUCACCAGAAUAACCAAGGUCAUAUGGUUAGAGAACCUUACCGAUGAAACUUUGCAUGCAGCUCUGAAUGAAUUUAAUUCUGUUGUGUUCUUCUGCGAGGAUAGUUUGCAAAACGUUGGACGGGUGGCAAAACUGUUCCGAUCCACCAUUCUACCCAUCACUGAGACGAAUUCAAUGAUGAACACAUCACUAAUAACUCUGGGAUCCUUAAACCAAUCAAUUCGUCUAUAUCUGUCAGAGCUAUCAUUGGAGAAUGACAUUGACUACUAUUCGUGGGAUUCUAUUCUGUUCAGAAUAGACAAAGAUCUACUUUCUCUAAAUUCUUCCUCAGAUUUGAAAAAGUUGUACCAAUUGCAAUCUAUCGAACCUUUGUAUGCCCUGGCAAAUGGUUUGCUGCAUUUGGUGAUUCAUUCUAACUUCAAGUUAAGAUUCACAAAUAAAUUUAUCAAGGGUGCCAAUUCAGCCAAGUUUUAUGAUAUCUAUCAGAAAUUAUACACCAACUACACUCUGAAUAAAUUGAGUCCGGAAAAAAGAAAAAUCCUGGAAGAUGUGGACGAGACAUUGUUCAUGGAUAUUCACUCAUUCUACAACAAUCAAUGCGACCUGUUUGUUUUUGAGAGAAGCGUUGAUUUUAUAACCCCGUUAUUAACACAACUCACAUACUGUGGUUUGGUGCAUGAUAACUUUAACGUUGAAUACAACACCGUCAACUUGAAAUCUGAAACGAUACCACUGAAUGAUGAGCUCUACCAGGAAAUCAAAGAUUUAAAUUUCACUGUUGUGGGAUCUUUGCUCAAUUCUAAAGCUAAAUCGUUACAAGAAUCAUUUGAAGAAAGGCACAAGGCUAAAGACAUUGCACAAAUAAAGGAUUUUGUUUCCAACUUAACGAACCUCACAAAGGAACAACAAUCGUUGAAGAAUCAUACUAACUUGGCUGAGGCAGUUCUAGCAAAAGUACAUGAUGAAACGGGCAACAGUGAAAACCACUCGGAGGACAGCUUGUUCAAUCAGUUCUUGGAACUCCAACAAGAUAUCUUAUCCAACAAACUAGACAAUAAAACCACCUACAAAUCAAUUCAAACUUUUUUCUGCAAAUACAACCCUCCUCCUUUGCUACCUCUUAGGUUGAUGAUCCUCUCCUCAAUUGUUAAGAAUGGGAUAAGGGAUUAUGAAUUUAAUGCAUUGAAGAAGGAUUUCGUUGAUUACUAUGGUGUGGACUAUCUUCCCGUAAUAAACACGCUUGCCGAGCUCUCACUUUUGACAAGUAAGAAGAGCCAGCCCUUAGAACAAAAUCCUAAUUCACAACUCAUCAAAGACUUCCAUAAUUUGAGCACUUUUCUGAACCUUUUGCCUGGAACGGAAGAAACAAAUCUUCUAAACCCUACCGAAUUAGAUUUUGCUCUCCCAGGGUUUGUUCCUGUCAUUACUAGAUUAAUUCAGUCGGUUUAUACCCGAUCUUUCAUUGGGCCGAAUUCCAAUCCUGUAAUUCCAUACAUUGCGGGAUCUAACAAAAAGUACAACUGGAAGGGUCUCGAUAUCAUCAACACAUACUUGACUGGUACCAUGCAGUCCAAACUGUUGAUACCAAAAUCAAAAGAGCAAAUAUUCACCCACAGAACUGCAGCGCCUCCUCAUUCACGUAAGGGUGUUCUCAGAAAUGAGGAGUAUAUUAUAGUAGUCAUGCUGGGAGGUAUAUCGUACGGAGAAUUGUCAACCUUAAGGGUCGCCAUAUCGAAGAUCAACGAGUCUAUGAACUUGAACAAAAAGCUUCUUGUGCUCACAAGUUCUGUUCUCAAAAGUGAUGAUAUAAUCAAGCUGACUAAAUAA